AAAAUUUGUUGUGAUAUCAAAAUUGCAGCUGUCAAGCUUCAUGAACAGAAGAUUCUCUCUCUCGAACAAAUACUCGACUGUGUUGGCUUUUCAGAAAGUACAUUUUGGCGGAUGCUCAAACUUUGGCGUGAAACAGGGGACGUUGUUCGACACAACUAUGGUACUCCUGGCCGUCCUCGAACACUCACUUUUGAUGACGUGAACUAUCUACUUCGACUCGUGAAGCACCGGCCUGACUGGUUCCUCGACAAACUCCCAAUCUUACUUAGUGAUAACAGAUUCAUUUCGGUUCACUACACAACCAUCUACCGAGAGCUUUCACAUGCUGGAAUGUCCUGCAAAAAGCUGAAGAAGAUCGCAAAGGAAAGAAAUGAG